AUGCUCAAGUCACAUACGAAGAGGAUACAACAGUUAUCCUAUAGUGCAUUAGCAACCAUUGUUAUUCUAUCAAUACUGCCAUUCCUAGUCAGGGCAGCAGUUCAGCGCAUUCGCUUCCUUAUCAACGUGCAUGCUAAAGCCUCAAAUGCCAGCAUUUAUAUCAGUUGCGAACUAUAUGCAGCAGACGGUCUUUCAUUCUCCCCCUCGACGUCAGAGCCAGUUGCUAUGUGCAUUGACUACUCGCUCCAUUAUCAGUUCGAUUUGGAUGAGGGAGCGCAGGAGUUUGUCAAGCUCACCCCUCUCGGCGGACACCUCGUUCAUGUUGGUGGUGAUGCAACAUCUUUGCAGCCAGUGGCGUACAUGGUCACUAUGUUCCACCAGCUGAAAUGCCUCGAUGUCAUCUGA